AUGAAUCAACAUAGUCUUAAAUUUAUAGUUAAGAUGUCAAGGAGUGUACAUCUAAGGAAUUUGUAUAGACCAACGGUGUUAGCAUUACCAAUUCAUAAGACUGAAUUAUCAACGUCGUGUAUAAACAAUAAGAAUUUCCUUACGGGAUCAGACAGUUAUGGAUACAAAAAGCCAUCGAUUGUGGAAAACAUUACUGAUAAAGUCAAAUUCUAUUUUCGGAAGCAUAAACUACUAGCUGCAGGCUACUGUCUGUACGAGCGUGUUGCUGAUGAUGUAGACUACACUUCUUUUAUUAAGGAAUUCAAUAUGCCAGACACAUUCAACUCGUGGUUUCUAAUUACCGAACUGCAUGUAUGGAUGAUUAUUGCAAGAUUGAUGGCAGACCCAAGUUAUGGAAGAUAUCUGAGAAAUGUUGUUGUUGAAGCUUUAUGGAAGGACGUUAUCACAAGGUGUAAAAAAUUAGAGUCGGAGCAUACUGCAAUUGUUAAGACGCAAGUAAUGCAAAUGUCUGAGGAGUUUCAAGCUGCAUUAGUUACGUACGAUGAAGGAAUCCUGUCCGAUGACACUGUUCUCGCAAGUGCUGUUUGGAGGCGUAUACUAUCAAGGGAGUGUGAUGUAAGACAGUUAGAAGCUAUGAUAAAAUAUGUCAGGCAGACGGUGUUUUACCUUCAUAAGCUUACCAUUGAAGAUUUAGUAUUCAAAAGGAAUGUUAAAUGGAUCCCAAUAAAUGAAGUGUUUAAAAGUUUACCUCCAUAA